ACGACAACCCCGCCUUUGCAAGAGUAGCCGGCUUUAAUACAAGCUGGAGAUGCGUCUGCAACAUCUGUAGUCAAUUAAUUUUGUUGAAAUCACUCUUUAGACUUUUCUUAUCACUUCCUCUGGCUUUCUCAACGGAACAUAAUGGCAGCAACCAAAGUAGCACUCAUCACGGCCAGCUCGGCAGGCCUGGGUGCCCAAAUAGCUCGCGCAUUCGCGCCAGACUUUCGAGUCGUAAUAAAUUACUCGUCUAACUCUGAAAGAGCCCAAGCCCUUAUCAAAGAGCUUUCUUCAAUACCCGGCAGCUCCUCGCAAGCAAACCCGCGCUUUCAUCUCGUCCAAGCCGAUAUGUCCUCGAAGACGUCCGUUCAGAACCUCGUUAAAGAAACUCUCGACACAAUGGGCCGACUAGACGUAGUCGUGUCGAAUGCUGGGUGGACGCGUAUGACCACAUUCACAGACAUUGAACAACAAGUCAAUGACGACGAUUGGGACAAAUGCUUCACCAUGAACGUAAAAACACAUCUCUGGCUUGCGUACGCGGCGAAAGAUGCGCUAGCCGAAAACGAGGGCGUAUUUAUCUCGACAGCUAGUGUGGCUGGCGUCAAGCCGUCCGGCUCAAGUGUCCCCUAUGCAGUCACGAAGGCAGCACAAAUCCAUCUUGUAAAGAGUUUAGCUGUAGUUCUGGCGCCAAAGAUCAGGGUUAAUAGUGUGUCUCCGGGCAUGCUGUUGACGGAGUGGGGUCUCAAGUUUCCGGAGAGCAAGAGGAAUGCAGCGAUUGGAAAUACAAAGUUGAAGCGUUUGGCGACAGUCGAGGAUGUUGCGGAUCAGGUCAGGACUUUGGCACUUAGUCGGAGUAUUACUGGGCAGAACAUUUCCAUCGAUAGUGGUUCUUCGGUGUAAGGACAGACUAGAGGUUGGAACGAUCUGUUAUUGAGUACGCGAGCUAUUUCAUGGGCACGUCCUGAUUAAAUCUUCGGUAAAGCUGAAACUCUUUCUUAGAGGUAGAGGAUAUUAGAAUCAUAAAUUCCAAAUGUGUUGCUCAAGGUGUCGCCGUAAAGUGUGGGUGUCUGUCC